CUAAAGAAAUUAAAUCAUAGACUAUAUUUUCUUCAUAUUUCGCAAGUCAGUGAAACAAAACAAAUAUGAGUUUAGAUGCUAAAAUAGUCAGAGCUGUAGUACUUUUAUUAUUUAUGUCCAAGUCGUGUCUAUGUAACGCAAAAGAAAAAGACUUUUGUCUAGAAGACGACGCUGUGAUACAUAGGAUAUUAGAUUUAUCUUAUGUGCAAUGUCAAGAAGAAUGUGGUAAGAGGCGACAUUGUAAAGCAAUCAACUACAGGCGGUCAUUUAACCUGUGUGAGCUACUGGGGACCGACCAAGGUAGCAGAGCAGCCAACGUCAAAAGAAAACAAGCGUGCAUAUUUUUGAAGAAAGCGGAAAUGUCAGAUGAAGUCAUUCAGGGAUGUAACUGUCCUGACGGGGAGACUUGCGAUCCGGUAACAAAGACAUGCGCAGUAACUGAAUGCUCGAAGAUUGUGGCAACCAAUGCUCAACUGUUUGGUAACAUGCACUCUAUCGGUUCACGUGUGAAAUUCAGGUGUAACCAGGGAUACGUUGAUGUGACGAACGUUGAUGUGACGAACGUAAUGAAUGCUGUUUGUGAAGCAUCCGGUCAAUGGUCAUACCAACCAAACUGUAUCAGAGAUUGUGGUACAGUUCCAAUCAUUACAAACGCUCAGGUGAUUAGUGGCGGUGAUAUAACGACAGAGGGCGCAGUUGUACAAUACCAAUGUCUGCCAGGGUAUACACUCAACGGAAACUCAAGUAACUUGACGUGCACAGCAGACGGUAUAUGGUUUGAUCAAGCUAAUGUCGUAUGCAAUCAAGUUUUGGAGAAUCAAGAGAAUAACAAUCAAGGGGUGGGCAUUGGGGACGCAUGCAGCAAUGAUGCAGACUGUUCUCUAACAAACGGUGUUUGCGUCAAUGGUUUAUGCUUUUGUAGUCCGUUAUACCGCUACAGUCAGACCAUAAACGAUUGCGUCCAAGAAUGCACCGCUUUCACAGAUACAUUUAUAUCGAUUCCGAAUAAGUUCGUGUAUGAAUUCAAUGAGAUAAGUUUUUUCCAAGAUGUUAGUGGUCCGAUUGAAUGCGAAAAUUUAUGCAGGAAUGAUCCUAAAUGUCUAAUUUUUGAGGCGGUUAAAAGUGGCUCUGCAUGUAGUAGAGGGACGGUAUCUUAUUUAAACAUACUCGAUGCUGACCCAGGCAAGAUAUCUAGCAGUGACACUGCCACACUUUAUUAUAGAGACUGUGUACCUGUUUAGUUACAUGUACCAUUGAAUCAACUUGUGUGUUUGUCGAUUGCA